GGAUCGCGGAUAGGAUGCUAAAAUGUUAUGACGAGCGCUGGCCCAAACAAAUGCCGCGAGAAACGGUCAUUACAGUAUUACUAGUAGUAUGCGAUAGGCGAUAUUCUCAACCUCAGACAGUAUUCCUUUCCCUCAACGUUACUCGUAUCAAGGGUCGCGACCAACACAGUGCUAGGGCAGCAGUGGCGGACAAACGAGUUGAAGAAAAUGGCUGCUGCAGGAAAUGCCAAAAUUCCAUCAUUUCGUGAGGACUUCGUGUUCGGAUCGGCUCGAUUCUCGCUACCUCACUGGAACGAUGUUGAUCGCCUAGUGGAUCGCAUUGCUCGCAACCUACUGUAUUAUCAAACCAACUACUUCGUCCUGUAUGCCGUCAUCUUUUUCAUUCUUGGGCUGCUCUAUCCAACUCAAGUGCUCGGCGGUGCGUUCCUCGUGGCAAUUGCCGUUACUCUGUGCUUGGUUGUCAAUGGCAACAGCAGCCAUGCUGCAGCAAGGAAGUCGACGGCUGCCCGGGAUGCCGCGGGUGGGAACACGGGUAGCGGGCUGCUGAUGGUCGCAAGCUUGGCGGCCGUGGUCGUGUUCGUCUAUCUGCUUGGCUUCGUCAUGAUCUUCAUCGCCAGCGUGAUUGCACCAGUGGCAGCAAUACUAGCACAUGCGGCUUGUCGCAAGAGGAACCUCAAGAACAAGCUGAACUGGACUGUGGAGCGCGCUGGCCUGAAGACAUCGCUCAUGGCUGAAAUCCUGUACGGACUUCAUGUGCUGCUGGACAUUGAUGACUUGGUAGCCAGUGAUAACGAUACUGCAAUGUAACCUCACAGAAGCACCAGAGUCGGAGAAAUCCGUGCAGCUGCUAUCAGUAUGGCAUCCAUGUGGAUACUCUUGUAAUGAUUGUACUUCGAAGUAUUGAAGUGCAGCCACAUUGAACUCCGCAACAUCCUCUCCCAGGUGUGCAUUGUCAGCGCAACCACGUCAGGGAUACUCUAGUGACGAUUGUGUUGAAGUGCAGCCACAUUGAACUCCGCGGCAUCCUCUCCCAGGUGUGUGCAUUGUAAACGCGGCCGCUCAGUCACUUGACAUGGGCUCUAACCGCGUGUGCACCCAAGCACUGCUGGCAAUGCACCUGUGUGAACACACACACACACACACACACACACGCAGCGGUUCGUGGAUAACGAGCGCAACUACUAGUGAAGCGAUGCGCGGCGUGAUGACUCCUGAUCUAGAAGAACGGAAGAUCGGUGUUACGCUAGGCGUCCAUGUAUGUCAAAGUACUGUGCAAGGGACUCUUGGUUUAGAUGAUUUAGAUCACGGAGUUAUCCCCAACCAUUCCACUGAGUUGUAUCCGAGUUGGUAUGCAGAUUUUUUUGGUGUUAAAAAAGACGCUUUACCAACCGGCA